CCCGACAUGCACCGAGGCGUGGGGAGUGUCCUGGGUUUCCAGCAUUCUCAGUUUGUUAAGCAAAAUAGUAAUUAGCAGCUCUGCGGGUUCCAUGAAGUAGCAGAGGUAGCUGUCAGGCAGUGCAAUACUGUCAUGCCUUGUCCAAGGCUCAGUGAAAGCUUCAUCUCUUCUGAAUAAAUGAAGAAAGUGACUAUGAAAGCACAGCAUCUACAUUCUGUUUCCAUCAAUGAGGAGAAGUUCAUAACCAGAGAGCAGCUCAGUUCUCUGCUGAAGACUUAUAACUCUUACUAUUCUGAUCAAGAAAAUCUGCAACUGUCACAUAACCAGCAAGAAGGAAGCAAACCACUUAUUGAAGGAAUCUUGUCAAUAUUUUGGGGAGUCCGCCAUCCCAUCCGAUUAAAAAUUCAGGAUGAGAAGCAGAUACCCUCUUUUGUAACUCUGAAGUCAACAGAGAAAGUGGGUUUGUUCCCCAGUAAAAGGGGAAUGACGCGCUGGGGAGAAUUUGAUGAUCUACAUCAUCUAAGUGGGGAGACAUUGAGAUCCACUGAAGAAAAGCCAAACCUUGAGAAAAGUUAUUCAUGUUAUGAAAGCCAUACUCUGAAGUCCAAGGGCGAGCAGGAACAUGAUUGCGCUACUCUGCCCAGGGCUGUCAGCAAGGCUGCGGCUGUGCGCAACAGGACCAAGUUCCCCAUGAUAGCAAGGGCAGAAGAAGAAACUCACAGGUUUUCAAUUAAUGGCCACUUUUACAACUAUGAGACAUCAGUUUUUACUCCAGCUUUUGCAUCAGAAACCAAAAUAAGAAUAAACAGCCAGAUGAGAACAAGACAAGUAAUAGAACAAUUGCUUCGGAAGUUUAAGAUCGAAAACAGCCCAUGUGAAUUUGCACUUUACAUAAUCCAUGCAUCGGGAGAAAAGAAGCAGCUGAGGAGUGGGGACGUUCCCUUACUGCACAGACUCUUGCAGGGGCCCUCGGACAAGGUUGCCAAGUUUUUUCUUAUGGACAGUGAUGUGGAAGAGAUUAGCAGUGAUGUUGCUCAGUAUAUUCAAUUUAAUCUUCCCUUUUUGGAGUCAAUUCUGCACAGACUAAAAAAAGAAGAAGAUGCUGAGAUUGAGCAGACAACUGCAAGGUACAGAAAAGAGAGGAUUAUGAUAGAGCAGCAGCUUCGUAGUCGAAAUGGUAAAAAAACGGAGACUACUGUGUGAUGUGCAUGGCCUAUGGCGAAUACCCACCCGCUGCCUUUGCCAGAGGAAAGUCAGUAUGUUUGCUUCAACGUGCUGUGACUGAAGAGCACUUACAGCACAGGGGUGUUCCAAGUGCUAAACUUCUCUGGAUAAUUACGCAACCGAAACCAAACCCAUUCCUCUGCAGCUCUGCAAUACAAGUUGGGAACGGCCUAAGAAGAUGCACUAGAUCCCACCAAAGACAGACGCUGAGUCUAGCCUUACGCUUCAGAUAGGGGGGAAAAAAACCAAACAGUAAAGCACAAAGCUUUAAAACCUACUAAUUUACAAGCCAUUACCAAAAGUCUGGCAUAGAGGAAAACUAUUGCAAUAACUGAUGUGUUAAUUGUGCAGGAAAUACAGAAAUUAUGUAUAUGGUUUUCCUUGUACUAGAGAAAUGCUGAAUUAUAUUAGGAGGAAGCUUCUCAGCAGAGGUAAGUGGGCAAAAGUUAUUUAUGUAGCUAAGAUCUGUUAGGGUUUUCACUUAACUUAAAAACCAAAAUCCCACAACCUGGGCAAGAGACCUGAGAUCCCACUGCCUUCAGAUCGGUAGAGGCUGAACUUGCUUAAGCUUUGACUUGCAGUUAGAGAAACACAAAUGAAAACCUUCCCACUUAAUAGCUACUCAGGUCUUAAACAUAAGAGGGAAUUAACCUCUGAAAAAUCUCUUGAACUGCUAAGUAAGAACUCUCGCUAAAUACUGUUGUGUCUACUAGAUUGGGUCCUGGAAGGCACCUCAGCAUUUGCUGCUGUUAAAACAAAUGGUUCCGUGUUACUCCUGUGUUGUAUAUUGGAAGAUGGAAGUGCGAAGUGCGCAGUGAGAGAGGCUGAGCCUCACAGCCCCGCCAGGGCCAGACUGGCCUUCCCACAGGCGCAGUUUGGGACAGUCCGGCCCCAGCGCAGUGUACAGUAGCCAGCCAUCGGGUCCUGUCUGGUCGAGUCGUGCUGAGUAUUAAAGCUCAUAGUGUAGAGAUGUAAAUAAAAUCCAAUUUGUGUACAACUAA